AUGUCUAACUACGGGAAGGAUUUCGAGAAGUACAUGCAAGGGCAAGGAAAGGGUUCGCAGGGUGGUGACUACCAGAAGUACAUGUCCAAGUAUACGGGCAGCUAUCAGAAGUACAUGCAAGGUCAGAAAGAGGGCACGCAGGAGAAGAAGGAGGAGGACAAGGCCGGAGAGGAUAAGGAGAAGAAGGGUAAGGCUGCUGAUGCAAAGGGUGCUUCUUCAGAAGGCAAAGCGACUCCAAGUGUUUUGCUAGAGGAGGACACUGAGACGACCCCUGCUUUUCUGUUCUAUGCCCCUUUGCUGUUGCUGUCUGUGGCUGGCAUGGGCUCCAUGUAUGUGGAGUGCCAGCGCCGCGCGGGCCGUCGCCAGCAACCUGAGGGCUACUUGCAGCUAGAGGCAGAUGACCGGUGCAUGAUCUUCACGACGGUUGAUUGGCUGAAGUCGAGGUCUAACCAUGCAGCUUCGCAGCUUCUGAGACACCUUGGUGCGGAAUUGGUGCGGAGAAAAAUUGCUGUGCGAUUCCGUCUGGAUUUGCCCUUAGAGAACGGCCAGAUCUUGCGCCUCUACCCAGAGCGAGGCUUGGAUGCCGCCUCUGCAUACCAGCAACUCUACCAGCAGGCGGCUGCGUACCAGCAAGUAGCCCAGGCUGGGUGGUGA